AGACGUCAAAACUUGUAUACAACCCAUAUUUUAGGUUAUGUUUGGUGGGUGCAAAGAUGAAAACAUUUAAAUUAUAUGAUAAAACACUGAUUAUUUUUCUUUCAUCAUUUAAUUUUUGUAUUGGUUAUUGUAAUUUGAGUUAAGUUUAAAAGUAAAAUGGUUAAGGAUUCAUCAAUAUUAAUUUUAACAAGGCCAAGAGCUAAUGACGGUAUAUGGUUAACCCUCCUAUUACCAAUUUCGAUAAUAACAUCAACUCUGACACAUCCUAUUGUCUUAACACCCACUUACAAAUUGGUUGCAGUUUUUUGUGUGGGGUUAAUUAGUACAUCAUUAGUAUUUUAUUACCAAUAUUUAAAAAAAGAGCCACUUCAGUUGUUGUCUUUAUGGCAUGUACCAUCAAUAAUAUUAUCAGGUUUAAUAUUUAACCUUUACUUAAAUAAAGAUUUAAUUUUUUCCAUUAUAAGUGCAUUAUUUUGCACCCUUUUUUAUUACUACAAACUGAAAUGGACUUUACUUAAAUUUCCUCAUAGUUUUACAAUUGGGGAAGCAUGUUUAAUUGCCCAAGCUUUGGUGUUAAUAUUGUUUUCCACUGCAUUAAAUUUGCUCAGUCUAUCAAAUAAGGUUUUUAUAAGUAAUAUGCAAGUUUCCACACUAAUUAUACAGGUUGGCUUAUCUGGAAUUGGAGUAAUAGCAUAUUCUACAAAUGUGUUUAAAAUUAAAAAUGUAAUAUUUUUCUAUCUCAUUUUUGUGACAGUAGUCAUUAUGGGUGUAUUAUUACCUGUUCAUAUAAUUUUAAAAAGAAGUCCAAUACUAUGGAUAUUGGAAUUGAUGCUGUAUGACAUUUCUUCAAUUAAGCUUAUAUCUUUUUGGGUAAUUUGCAGUUUGGUGGCAGUAAUAGCCGUCCGAAAUCAAAUUUAUUUUAAGGAAAAGGCCACCACUAGUCAAAGAAAAGUUUUUCAUAUUCUUGCCGUUUCGGUUUUUGUUCCUGGAUUAAUAUAUAAGUGUUCAUUUUUAUAUCUUGCUAGUGGAGUUGUUUUAGGAAUAUUCUUUUGUUUAGAAAUAUUAAGAAUUAAAAAUAUUCCACCAAUUGGGAAAUACCUUCAAGACGGAUUUUCCGUGUUCAGCGACGAAAAGGACUGCGGAAUUGUUGCAUUCACCCCGAUUUAUCUGCUAACUGGCUGUGCUUUGCCACUAUGGAUUCACCCAGCACCCUGCGAUCCGACAGACUCGGCCAGCUUUAGUUUGUUGCCGCUUUUAAGUGGGGUUUUGACUAUCGGAAUUGGGGACACUGCUGCCAGUGUUAUAGGGUCAAAUUAUGGAAAACAUAAAUGGAAAGGAUCAUCAAAAACUAUUGAAGGAACAAUGGCGUGCAUAUUUAGUCAAUUUGCGUUCGUGAUGUUAUUAAAUUAUCUGGAUUGGAUCCGUAAUAUGACCACAUUCCUUUAUAUUAAGACUGCUGUUGCUAUUUUAUUAACAUCAAUUGUGGAAGCCAAAACUACACAAGUUGAUAAUUUGGUUUUGCCUCUUAUUAUGUACAUAAUUUUAAUUUAAUUGUAACUAAUUAUUUGUAUAAAGUUUAUAAUUUUGUUAUUUUUUAAAUAUAUACUUGUUCUUAAUGAUCAUCAACGCCCAGAGCAAACCGCUG